CUUGGAUUCUUUGGCCGCUCUGCUUCAUCGUCAGCUCCCUCUCGUGGUGCGCGAUGGUGGGUCAGAGGAGGCUGCUCGCCGAGGCGCCUCCGCACCAGGCGCACUCCUCGCGGCACCAGCAGGGCGCGCCGUCGUCGGUGUGGAGCGCCGGGUACCUCAACGGGUGGCUGUCGCAGCGGACGGCGGUGUUCGGGCUCCGCCUGUGGGUGCUCAUCGGCAUCGCCGUCGGCGCCGCCAUCGUGCUCGUCCUCGUGCUUGUGUUCAUCUGCCUCUCGCGCCGCCGGCGACGGCGCGAUGACCUCGCAUCCAAUCUGUACCCGGCCGACACCAAGAUUCUCAAGCAGCACCUGCAGCAGCCCACGCCGCCCAAGGACAUCCAGGAGAUCGUUCGCCGGCAGCAGCAGCAGCAGCAGCAGACGCCGCCGCCGCCGCAGCGGUCGCAGACGCCGGUGGCGCAGCAUGGGGUGCAGCUCGCCAAAGCAGAAACUCCGCCGCCGCCGCAGCGGUCGCAGCCGCCGGUGCUAGCGGCGGGAUCCACGCGGUCGACGGCGGCCAGCGGCAUGUCGGCCACGACGAGCGGCGGGAGCGAGCGUGACGCGGCCACGCCGAGGAGCACCGCGAGCGCCUCGGCCGGGCCGGAGGUGUCGCACCUCGGGUGGGGCCACUGGUUCACUCUCCGGGAGCUCGAGGAGGCAACCGACGGGCUCGCGGAGGAGAAUGUGAUCGGAGAAGGCGGCUACGGGAUUGUUUACAAGGGCACGCUGCAGAAUUCCACCAUGGUCGCCGUCAAGAAUCUUCUCAAUAAUAGGGGCCAGGCCGAGAAGGAGUUCAAGGUGGAGGUCGAAGCGAUCGGGCGUGUUCGGCACAAGAAUCUCGUCAGGCUGCUCGGCUACUGUGUAGAGGGAGCUUACAGGAUGCUUGUGUACGAGUAUGUAGACAACGGCAAUCUUGAUCAAUGGCUUCAUGGUGAUGUUGGGGAUGUGAGCCCACUAACUUGGGAAAGCAGGAUGAACAUAAUUCUUGGUACUGCUAAAGGGCUGGCCUAUCUUCAUGAGGGGCUGGAACCGAAGGUUGUCCACCGUGACAUCAAAUCUAGCAAUAUCCUUCUUGACCAGCAAUGGAAUGCUAAAGUGUCAGAUUUUGGGCUUGCGAAGCUAUUGUGCUCAGAGAGAAGUUAUGUUACUACCCGUGUUAUGGGAACCUUCGGCUAUGUGGCACCUGAAUACGCCAGCACUGGAAUGUUAAACGAGAGGAGCGAUGUUUAUAGCUUUGGAGUACUAAUAAUGGAGAUUAUAACAGGUAGAUCACCUGUAGAUUACACAAGGGCACCUGGAGAGGUGAACUUGGUUGAAUGGCUGAAGACCAUGGUUGCUGAGAGGAAAGCUGAGGAGGUAGUAGACCCCAAGCUGGCUGAGAAGCCUUCUCCCAAAGUACUGAAACGGGCACUUCUGGUCGCCCUUCGUUGCGUUGAUCCUGAUGGCCAUAAGAGGCCUAAAAUGGGGCAUGUAAUCCACAUGCUCGAAAUGGAUGACCUACAAUUGAAUGAUAAGAAGCCUGGAAGGGAUGCACCUCACACAUCGGACAGGCACAGUUCAAGGGAUGGCGGUAACUACAGCAAGCGUGAGAACCAACGGUACAGAUGACAACUGCCCAGUACUACAGCUGAACAUGAGUUUGUAUGGAUUGCCAAUAUUAACCAUGUUGUCAUUACAUAAUUUUUUCCUCCUCUUUGGAUCUCAUAACCAACUCUCCUUGCUCUUUUGACUGUAUUAUACUCGAGCAUCAUUCUGUGACACUUGACACUUAUAAACUACACAAGUGUAGGGUGGUGUUGUGACUGACUAUGCCCAGCUAAUGCUAACUGGAGUACAAUGUUAAUGUGGUUCCACCUAACGCAA